CUCCGGAGCGCGGGGUUGCGGGCACGGAGCUGGAGCUGCCCGCCUGGAGCGGAGGAGGGCGAAGGACCGCUUGCCUGCGCGGAGCAGCGGGCGCUGAGCGCCCGUCCCGGCGGCCCGGGAGCCACCCGGGGAAGGUGUCCUGUGAUGGCCCUUGAUCAGAAAGGCUGCAAGUCAUGUAAAAGCCGCAGUAACUGCAGUCUCUGAUGGAUAAUUGGAUUGCAGGAUGGAGAGAAGAACUGGAGGUAGAAAAGAUGAAGAACAUGGGUUGAGAUAAGAACAACUUACUGGAAACAGCAAUGAAAUAAGAAAACUGAACAAUAACAGCAACAAUGGUAAUGACAGAGUGUACAAGAGAGAGGCAAACGAUUCACCCGUGAUUGUGCACUAUGCAGAAAACCCCCGACAAUACCCGACUGCUCCAUGCCCUGGAAGGGACCCUUUCCUCCAUCCCUGCAAAAUGAGGUAGAAAUGAUGACUGAAAUAUUUUCCAUAUCUGGAGGAAAGAUCGAUGGGUAUUCCUGUAGGAAGCCAAUUGAUCAGUAUGGACUAAAAGCACAGAUCAUUCAGAAAAUCCAGUGCACAACUGCCCAACUGACCUUGAGAAAAUAUUUAAAGAGCACGAAUCAAAUGAAAAACUAAGGAAACUCAAAAGAAAGGAUGGAUAGCUAUACUUAUACUGAGGACCAGAGGUGGAAAACUUUCUGUAGGGUAGGAUUGAAGAGCCCAAGUGAACCUACAAAGAAGUUCAACAGGAACAUAAGGAAUGUUAAAGGGAGUAAUAUGUGGGAGGCUGUGGACUAUUUGCUUCCGACAUAGGAACAGCACUGGGCUUGGAAUCUGCACUCCUGAGAGAAUGCUGGGAAUCUGCAGAGGGCGACGGAAAUUCCUGGCUGCCUCUCUGACCGUCCUUUUUGUCCCAGCCAUUACAUGGAUUUAUCUGUUUGCUGGGAGUUUUGAAGAUGGGAAGCCAGUGUCGCUGUCUCCACUUGAAUCCCAGCCCCACAGUCCUCGGUACACAGCGUCGAGCCAGCGGGAGCGCGAGAGCUUGGAAGUCCGCAUGCGGGAGGUGGAGGAGGAGAACCGCGUGCUGCGCAAGCAGCUCAGCCUGGCACAGAGUCGCAGCCCCUCUCACCACCAUGGCAAUCACUCCAAAACCUACUCCAUGGAAGAGGGGACAGGUGACAGCGAGAGCCUGCGGGCUGGCAUUGUGGCAGGGAACAGCUCCGAGUGUGGGCAGCAACCAGCAGUGGAAAAGUGCGAGACUAUCCACGUUGCCAUUGUUUGUGCAGGGUACAAUGCCAGUCGGGAUGUUGUCACACUUGUCAAGUCUGUCUUAUUUCACAGGCGAAACCCACUCCACUUCCACCUCAUCGCAGAUGCAAUUGCCAAACAGAUCCUGGCAACUCUGUUCCAGACAUGGAUGGUCCCUGCUGUGCGCAUAGACUUCUAUGAUGCAGAUGAGCUCAAGUCGGAAGUGUCUUGGAUCCCCAACAAACACUACUCUGGGAUUUACGGGCUGAUGAAGUUGGUUCUGACUAAGACUCUACCUUCUAAUCUUGAGCGAGUCAUUGUCCUCGACACAGACAUUACAUUUGCCACUGACAUUGCUGAGCUAUGGGCCGUCUUUCACAAGUUCAAAGGGCAGCAAGUUCUUGGCUUAGUAGAGAACCAGAGUGAUUGGUAUUUGGGCAACCUUUGGAAGAAUCAUCGGCCCUGGCCAGCACUUGGGAGGGGCUACAACACAGGGGUUAUCUUGCUGCUUCUCGAUAAGUUACGGAAGAUGAAAUGGGAGCAGAUGUGGAGACUCACAGCAGAGCGGGAGUUAAUGAGCAUGUUAUCCACCUCACUGGCUGACCAGGAUAUCUUCAAUGCAGUCAUCAAACAAAAUCCCUUCCUUGUCUACCAGCUCCCAUGUUUCUGGAAUGUGCAGCUUUCUGAUCACACCCGUUCUGAGCAGUGCUACAGAGAUGUGUCUGACCUGAAGGUGAUUCACUGGAACUCACCAAAGAAGCUGCGAGUGAAAAACAAGCAUGUGGAGUUUUUCCGCAACCUCUACCUGACAUUCCUGGAAUAUGAUGGGAAUUUGCUGAGACGGGAACUCUUUGGCUGCCCCAGUGAGGCAGAUAUUAACAGUGAAAAUCUCCAGAAACAGCUCUCUGAGCUGGAUGAGGAUGACUUGUGCUAUGAGUUUCGUCGAGAACGUUUCACCGUCCAUCGCACUCAUUUGUAUUUUCUACAUUACGAAUACGAGCCUGCUUCAGACAACACCGAUGUAACACUGGUGGCACAACUUUCAAUGGACAGGCUCCAGAUGCUUGAAGCCAUCUGCAAACACUGGGAAGGUCCAAUCAGCCUGGCACUCUAUCUUUCUGAUGCAGAAGCCCAGCAAUUUCUGCGCUACGCUCAGGGCUCGGAAGUACUGAUGAGCCGCCACAAUGUUGGCUACCAUAUCGUGUACAAGGAGGGCCAGUUCUAUCCUGUGAAUCUGCUAAGGAAUGUGGCCAUGAAACAUAUCAGCACACCAUACAUGUUUCUGUCCGACAUUGACUUCUUGCCCAUGUAUGGACUCUACGAGUACCUCAGGAAGUCUGUCAUCCAGCUAGACCUAGCUAACACCAAGAAAGCUCUGAUUGUACCUGCUUUUGAGACCCUACGCUACCGCCUCUCCUUCCCCAAGUCAAAAGCAGAGUUGCUGUCUAUGUUGGACAUGGGAACCCUCUUCACAUUCAGGUACCACGUCUGGACGAAAGGGCACGCGCCAACCAAUUUUGCCAAGUGGCGAACAGCCACCACCCCCUACCGCGUUGAGUGGGAAGCAGACUUUGAGCCAUACGUCGUCGUGAGGAAGGACUGCCCGGAGUAUGACAGGCGGUUUGUUGGAUUUGGCUGGAACAAAGUAGCUCACAUCAUGGAGCUGGAUGCACAGGAGUACGAGUUCACGGUGCUGCCCAACGCCUACAUGAUCCACAUGCCGCACGCCCCCAGCUUCGACAUCACCAAGUUUCGCUCCAACAAGCAAUACCGCAUCUGUCUCAAGACCCUGAAGGAGGAGUUCCAGCAGGACAUGUCACGCCACUACGGCUUUGCAGCCCUCAAAUAUCUCACGGCAGAGAACAACAGCUAGCACCACAGAGCCCGUGUACGGGAAACAGGGACACCAGAGGGAAGAGCCACUCAGCGUGUGGGGCCCAGUCAUCAAAUUUUGAACUGAGAAAUACUUUCUGUUUUUAUAUCAUACUUGGCAGUUCUAACAGUAGAAAUUUGAAGUGACAUGUCUUCGAACUGUGCUCAUUCGUCCCUUCCCCAAUUACCCCAGGCCUUUUGGCUUUAGCAUUCAUGAGGUGUCUGCGAGUAGGGCCGGCCAGGCACCCUCCAUGCCACUGAAGGUGGGGACUGGGCAGGGACUGGGAAUGCACUCCGCUCUCUUGACUGCAGAGCAAAGACAGACCUUCAGAACGUAGAAUUUCAUGUUGCUAUUUAAUAAUUUGACAUGCUUUUUAUCUGUAAAGGAAGAUCUUCGGGUCGCUGUCCUGUGAAUUUCAAAUCUGCACUACUCUAAAAGGGAACUUUCACCUGUGAACUUUCACAGGGACCCUGUUAACAUGGAUGACCUUGCUAAUGCAGGAUGAGCCAAAGGUCUGAAUUAGCCUUGAAAACACAGGGGACACUUAUACAAUACUGCACUCCCGAGAAGCUGUGUUACUGGUUUAGGUGUAUACAUGAUAUCGGUUGGUCUUUUAUUCUCAAAUUAGUUGUUUUAUCAGGAAAAUCCCCUAUACUCCACCCUGCCUUUGCCCCACUCCUAAAUGCUGCUCCUUUCCUUGCCAAGGAAAUGUCUCCCUUGUGUUUCUUCCCCAUCUUCAAUUUUGGUGGACCAGUAAAGAAGAUCAGUAGCUCUGUUAGAAAGCGAACAAAACUUGUCACUGUAAGGUCUGUUUUCACCAGAGCAACUUGUUCACAUGUGUCUACUAAGAUAAAGGGUCUGACUCUAACUCUUUAUCUUUUUCAGGCAAGAAUUGGAUUUUACCUAUAAGGCACAUUGUACCAGGGGAAUAUUGAUUUGUAGGCUCAUUUCAGUGCUGCCCAAACGUGAAGGCUCUGGGCCUUAGGCUUUAAGUGGACUUCUUUGCUGAACAGGGAAUAAAAACUAGUAAAAAGGCAACUAGUAGCCUUGGUGCUCUCCUGCUGCCUGCUGCAAGGUCUCAGAACUACUUCGUUAAAGGAGUUUAUAAUUAAAAGGAGCAGAACUGUUAGGAAUAAACUCCCCAUUCGAGGGGGAGAAAAGAAUGUGUUGGGAAUCUGAGUGAUUGUUUGCUUGAACGUGGACUGGUCAAGUUCACACCAUCGGUACACACAGGAGUACGCUGGAGGGCGAACAGGAAACCUAACAAGCAAAAUGCAGAAAACAAGACACUGGACUUUUUGCCAUUUUCUUUAUCUUCAGUAUUAAUGUUGUGUUUACAUGGGAUGAAGAGAUGAGGUUUAAUGCACUACCCCUUGCAGGGCUAUUUGUAAUUUCUGUUGCAAUGUUAAUAGAGAAAGCAGAAACAACUCAGUGAGAAAUGUGUUCUGUCUCCCUACCCCAGAUCCCCAUACAACCACACAUACCAAUAUUACUGCCUGAGUUGGAAAAUGAAUCUACAUUGCAUUCUGCUCAUUUUUUUUUCCAUUUUGUUUUUCAGCCACUGGAUCUUCUACUUUCCUCCCCACCUCAUCCCUCUAGAGCUUGGUUUUAUUUCUAACCUGACAUUUUGUGAGAGCUUUCUGUUACGGUGGAAACCACGCAGUUUAAACCAGACAUUUAAACUACAAAUACCAGUUCAUCAUUCUCUGUAUAUAUAAGAAAAUCCAAAAAAGGCAACAUCUUUGAGAAGAAAUAAAAAGGGGCGGGAGUCUAUGUGUAGUUUUCACUUUUUCUCCUGGGAGUGUUGGCUGUGUAAGAAUAUAUCACUGCAUAAUUAUCCAAAGAGCUUUUUUUCUCUUCUUAAUAGCUUCAUGUAAAGAUUUACAUAAAAAGCUAGAAAGGGCAGGGAAGAAGUGAGUGCUCAGUUCUGGCUAAGAUAUAUUCUUUUAAAAAAACCAAAAUCUUAACUCCCCAGAUCCCAUAUUAUUCACCAUUAAGGGCUCAGGUCACUGUGCUUAUUGAGAAUGAGAAGAACCCUGCAGCACAGAGUCCUGUUGAUUAGCUAAUGUGCAGAAAGAUACCAAAAGCUGGCCUGAGAGAGUCUGACACUGGUAAUACCUACAUAAAAUCUCCAGUCAGAGUUUCAGUGUGGCCACCAUUAUGUUUCAUGUGUAUUAAAAACUUUCAUUGCCAGAUGUACAUUUCUCCUUGCCCUGCAGCAGCACAACCUGUAGCACGGAACUGUAUAUUAUUUGGAUGUACCAUUAUCAACAUUCUUCUCAUUAUUCUCUUCUCACUGGUCAUGUGAUGAGGAUGGGGGGAGCGGGGAGGUAAUAAUUUGCUACUUGCCUGACUGUACAGUGAGUUCUGGGACCUCCAGGGUAGGCUUAGGUGUGCUGGCUGGUGUAACCAGCUCAAAGAUUGGUAGUAGGUACAAAGAGUCCCUUUCUUUCCUUAUAGACACUGUACUGAUUUGUAUCUGUCAUGUCAUGUUUGUGCUUCAUAAUUUGAGAGGUGUGGGGAUUAGGUUUUUUUAGUACAUUUCAUCUAAUUUACCUAAUAGCAAGUUAGGAUUACAUGUCUGACUGUAACUGCCAGGGCUCCUCCAACACCAUGAAAGAAAACACCACUGACAACAACAAAAAUCCCCAACUUAGUUAUAACUGACUGUCUUCUAGUCCUCUGCUGUAGUAUUUGCUAGCAACUUUGUUACUUAAUUAUCAGUUUUCUCCUGAAAUCUUCAAGAAAUAGCAGAAAAACCUGGUGACUUAAUGCCUUUGUUUUAUUGCUUUGUUCCACCAACUUCUCUCUUGAGUCUUCAGUCUAUGACCUCUCCUUAUCUCUGAUAUUUGGAAAGUGUGAGUCUCUCAUUUAGGUAUCACUCCAGCACCCUCUCAGUGAAGACUGAUGCAAAUAAAUCAUUUAGAUUCUUGGCAUUGUCCUUAUUGUCUUUAAUUGUUUCUUCUACUUAUUGUUUGGGGUGGCCUACCAGAUAUCUCCACUUUUCUGCUUUUGCGUACUGAGCAAAUGUGCAUUUUCAGCUUUAACUUCCUACUGUUUGCUGUUCAGACUCUCUCUUAGCUUCCUCAAACUCCAUCUUAACUAUUGCAUACCUUCCUUUCAGCUUUACAGUGUUUUAUUUCCAUUCUCUGAAGGUUUUCUAUUUGGCCCAAAUAACUUCUAAAAUUUCCAAUUGAGUCAUAUCAGCAUUUCCUUGUCUUCCAUUCAUCUAAGGGAUAGAAUGCUCCAUGGUUAUUUAUAAGGCCCUUUCAAUUUUUAAUCUGAGGAUUUCAGUUUUUCUGUUCUUUUUAAUUAGGGUCACCAAUUCUUCCUUUAAAAAGAUAAAGAGGGCUUUGUUUUUAAAUUUAUAUUGAAUUUCACCUUACUAAGUUUUGAGACUUUGUAUUUUCCUCUUUAACCUUUCUAAAUUCUAACCUUUUCCUAAUCAAGGGAUCAGAAAAAUUCUUUUGUUCCUCUAAUUUGGGCUCUUAUCUUGACACAUUUUGUUCUGUGUCUCCCUUUUCCCUCUCCACUACAAAACAUUGAAACAUAGGAGUCACUCGAAACUUCUCAAGUCCCAAAGCCUGAACUGUGUAUUUCCCAGCACCUUUUGACAUCCCACCACAUUUCAGGCUUAAUUAUUAUUCCAAAUAAUAAUCUGAUGCCUGGCACACAGUCCUCCUGUUUUUGUUUUCAUGCUUCUCCCUUUGAUAUAACAGGCUUUCCAAGUUUAAGUUUUGGGCAAAGUAGUUAUCUUUAUUUAAUACCUUAUUGUAACCCUCUGAUAGGUUUCCAUGAUUUUCACAGUAUAUAUAUAUAUAACACCUUCAAAAGUUUGGCUGUAGUUUCCAUCCUAUCAAUUUCUAGUUAAGGGUCGUCUACCAUUUACCUAUCUGGCAGACCUAGAAAAUGUCUUUGUUUAUCCUGGGUAGUCCUUAAUAUCUAUCAGAUUUUUUUUCCCAAAUCCUUACUUUUAGUAAUUCCUUCCAGGCUUGCUAGUUUCCUAUGUGAGCAAUCUGGUUCCACUUCACAAUUUUCGGGUUUUUUCCAUUUAUAAUCAUUGUCUUGGACUCCGUGAUUUAUCAGGAUUUAGCAGGUGUACCUGCACUUCCAUCACUUUUGUUAGACUGAAUAUGACAUAUACUCACUAAAGUACUGGUAGACUUCAUGUUGUUUGUUGGUAAAUCAUAAACUGCAUUUUCCUUUUACUACAACAAGCAGAGACACUUCAUAGUGUUAUUUGCAGUAGCUGUUGCAGCAGAGUAAGCUCUGUGUUAGAGGGAGAAGCACAAAAACCUUGUCGGGAUUGUAGCUACUGUUUCUCUCCGCAGGGAAAAAUAAGGCCCUAGCACAGCUGAACAGUUUUAUAAAUGCCCUGCACAAAGCACACUGCACAUUAUUUUCUGGUAGGUAUAAUCGUACAUAGUCCAAUUAAAUAUGAAAAAUACAUUUUUAAUGUUCUCAUUUUUAUGUGCAAUUCUAUCCAGAAGAUAAUGCAUUUCCUUCUCUAUCUUGCCAGUUUCCCCCAUUACUCCAGCCUGCCUAAUAGCCCCAUCUGUUUUCAGCUGAGGAAGAUUAAUGACCAGAAGCACUGGGAGUCCUGGCAAAUCAGCAGAGAUAUUACUCUUAGGCAUUGCUCAGGACAUUUGUUCCUACUCUGCCAGAUACUGUAUGGGUGUUCCUCAGGUUUCAGGGCAGCAACAGCAGAACACAGCAAGCUCAGCAAGUGGGGUGAGUGUCAUUAUUUAUGAACUUCAACCAAGUCUAAUACGUUCAAUGGUGAGAGUGUUAAAAAGAGAAUAUAUCAUUGUUAGCUCAAAAAAUAUUUCAAUUUUAGGAAAAAAAAAAGCAUCUGAGUUUCUUCAACUCCAGUGAGUGAGACUGGAACAAAUAAGUCACUAGUAGACAAUGCCAGCCAAUAAUCUAGUAUUUCCACUGCAGUAUUGAAAAUGCAGAAGAAUUGAUAGCUAAAUUAAGUUAUUUUUACAGUAGUAAUUCAUAAUGUAUAUUUAGAUUAUGUGUUUACAUCCAAACACUUCAACGUACUGGGGAUUGUUUGAAGACUGCUACUUUGUUUCACAACAUAAAAUUGCUUGGAAAAGCUGUUUAUUUGUGUUGUCGAUCAUAUGAACAUAUUUGUUCAGACAUGUUAGCGGAUACUCCAGUGGAAGUGUUAGCUCAUUGAGGGUGUCAGGAUGCAAAAGAUCUGAAGUCCAGGGUAAAAGCUUAGUAUCUUUUCAUUCAUUCUGUAUAGUUUACCCUCAUAUGAGGAGAAUUGUUUCCUUGCUCCCAGCAAAUUACUAUUUUUGUAGGGUUAAAAUGUCCUAAAAUUCUGCAAUAUGGGUCCGUGGAAGUCACUGUGCAGGCAGCAAAGGCUGCAUUUGAGAGCUCCAUGGUCCACUGCCAUGAGACACAAGAUUUCAUUCCAGAAGAAAUAGUUCUGAUCUGGGGGUAAUUCUCUGACAAGGGAUUUAGGCACCCUACCCUGACCAGAUAUAUUCAAGAAGAAGUCCCCAAACACAUAAGGCCAAGUAAUUCAAGCCAAGCUAAGCCUGUUUCUCAGUAUUACAGCAACAUAAUUCUCAGUCAGCUGGAUGUGUGAAUUUUCAGCUUUAGCCAUUAUAUCACAAGACUCGUGCAAAGGCUGCAGAGUCAGCAGAGUUGGAGGAUCUGAAAUUUCAAGUUGCUGGUGGACUUAGUGAUUUGCUCAUACGACUUCUUGCUGUCCCCUGGCACGUAUGCAAUAGGACAUAGUCUACACAAUUAUUUGCUCGAGGUUUUUUUAGAGGAUUUCUCUUUCAUUCUGUGCACAGAGUGAAUGAUAUUCAGGUGAAUGAAGCAGCUAGGUGAUAUUUCUUUUUACUUUUGCUUUCAUUGAGCUUUUCAUAAUAUGAUAGCAGCCUUGAUUCUGAGCAAAGUGAGACUUUUUUUCAGAGGAUAGGUAUAAACUGUGAUUUAGGAAAGUCAAUUAUCCCCCAUGCUCUCAGGCUUUCUAAGCAGAACACCUGCAGUGCUGUUCUACAAGCUUUUCUUAUUUGGAGGGAUCCUGUGGAGCUGAUGGAAAUUAUACAUUCAGAGGCCUUGUAGCACUCACCCCUAGCCUAUGAAUGCUAACAUCUGAACUUGCAAGUGUGAUGAAUCCCAGCUCUGUCCAAGCAUGUCUGCUCCAUCACUGGGAGCACUCUAGAGGCUAUCAGCAGUCUUGUCAGGUAAGCACUGAAAAAUGGAGUAAAUAAUUGGAGGUAUGAGGGGUUUGUUUUAAGUAGCCAGAUUUCCAGAGGAAUGAGGAAGACAUAAGCAUUCUGAAGUCCCUCUGAAGAUCUGUUCAUAGGAUCUGUGGGUUGGACUAAGCUCAUUCUUGGAUUUGAGGCAUUUCUUACCCAACACUGGCCAAUGUGGCCCACCUGGAGUAAAUUCUCUGGAUUGUAAAAUUCAUGAAAGUCAGCACUGAGAUUAAACCAUUCUCAGCUCAAAGAUCUUCGUUUCAUUUCUUUGGAUCCCCACACUGAUCUCUUGGUGCUCAGGAAAAAGGAAAAGAAGAAAAAAGAUAAUAGCAAAGAUAACAGUAGAGUUCUGACUACCCAAACUUUCUUAAAUUGUCAGCACUGAGGUCAAUGGUUGGGGCAAAGCUAGAGUUAGUGAGAUUCUUAAAUUUCUCCUUUUGAUCUGCCUGUGGAACUGUUGUUCCAGCAGAACUCUCCAGUGAUGCUAUAGGGAAAGGAAAAGCUCUCCAAUGCUGAUUGAUCCAUGAACUCUUCAUCCAGUCAGAACUAACCACCAGCAGCAGGAAAGAAGCGGCACCACUGUCUGCUUUUGGGGUUUUUUUAGAAGGCAAUAGUGAGUUCAGUCUGAAAUCUAUUAUUCUGAUGAUAAACUUUUCUCAGCUUUUCUGCAUUUUACAUGUAUACUUACUGUGAGUGACAGAGGCCCCUUGGGGUUAGGAAAAGAUGGGACUCAGCAGUUUGCUGGUUCAGAAUGAGAACAAGAUAUGUGUAUAUUCUCCCUUGACACCUUGCACAGUGCUCACUAAUUAUAUUAGCACCAAAUAAUCCAUCUGACCUGAGACUCAGUGUUUGGGCUGGACAGUAAGCUUCUGCUGUGUUGGUAAGAGAACAGACAGAUAAGCAAAAUUAUGCUUUCUGUCCGUUACAUCAAUGAAUAUUGCUGUAUGGGUUCAAAUGGCUCAUGGAAAGUUUACGUCUUGUGGUUUUCACCAUUAAGGUUUAUUCAAAGAAUAGCAAAGUCAAUUAAAAAAAUAAAAGCAAACAAACAAACAAACCCCUGUGAGUUCCAUAAGGAUCCACAAGGAUUAGCAUUCACAGAGAGUCACCAGUGCAGAAUAUUUUUCAAGUUCACCUGCCAACUUUUGUCAUGAAUGCAGAGAAUAGAGGCACCACUGUCUUCUUUCUGCUUAUACUUCAUAGAGCAAAACAAAUGCAUGUACUACAAGCAACUCUCUGAAUCAGAUCACCCAAGACACAAAUAUUUUCUGAUUUGUUGCUUUGAUUUACAUUUUCAUACGUAAAAUUGAAAGUUUGCAAAAACUUUUUUAUUCAUAUUGUUCAAUUUAAAUAUUUAUAUUCACUGUUGAAUAUGAGUCAGCAGAGCCCUGGCAGCCAGAAGGGCCAACUGUGUCUUGGAGGGCAUCAGGCAAAGCAUCACCAGCUGGUUGAGGGAGGGGAUUGUCCCACUCUGCUCUGCACUGGUGUGGCCUGACCUUGAAUGUUUUGUGAAGUUUUGGGUGCAACAAUAUAAGAAGGAUCUAAAGCUGUUAAAGAGUGUCCACAAAGAUGCUGAAGGGUCUUCGGGGGAAGCUGUACAAGGGGUGACUGACAUCACUUGACUUCUUCAGCCUGGAGAAGAAAAAACUUGAGGGGAGGCCUCACAGCAGCCCACAGCUUCCUUACAAGGGGAAGCAGAGGAGCAGGCACCCAUCUCUUAUCUCUGGUAACCAGUGACAGGACUCAAGGGAGUGGCAUGAAGCUAUGUCAGGCUUAGAUUGGUUAUUAGGAGAAGGUUCUUCACCCAGAGGUGGUUGGGCACUGGAACAGGCUCCCCAGGUCACAGCACCAAGCCUGACAGAGUUGAAGUGCUUGGACAACACUCUCAGGCUCAUGGUGUUGUUCUUGGGGCUGGCCUGGGCAGGGCCAGGAGUUGGACUUGAUGAUUCUUAUCCCUUCCAACUCAGUAUAUUCUAUGAUUCUAUUCUGUUUAUUUUCUUAAUAUGUUUCUUAAUGUUUUCUUCUUAUUAUUUUCUUAAUAUGCUUUCUUCUGCAUCUGUCAGGCUUGAAAACAUUACAGCAUUGUCUGUGGUGAAGAUAGAAUUGAGGGAUUGCUGAGGUGUCCUCAGCACCAUGUUAGUGCAGAAACAGCCUUUCCUGUAGCUUGUGGGAUUUUUUCCUUUCUUUGUGCUAUCACAGGUUUUAGUUCUACCUUAGCAGUAUCUCUUCCAGUAAGUGUGAAAGUCUACUGGCUUAUUCUAGACCACUGCAUGAGUUCAUUACUAGAGCAAUGUUUCUGGCAUCGCACCUGAGCCUCCACACAAAUUUAUUCUGCAGGGUUUUUUUCAAUUUUAAUCUUCAAGACUACACCUGGGAGAAAAUUCACCAAUUUGAAGCUCUAACAAUGGGUUCACUAUGUUUUGUUUUAUUUUUAACAUAUUUUGUUCUGACUGCUGUCCAUGACACCAAUAGAUCUUCCAGAAAAAUAUCAUUUUGAGAGGAAGAGAGUCAUUGUAAAUAGUCCAAUGGGACUUAAGUCAGCAGCAUUUAUGAGGGUAAGUAAUCUUCUCAAGCCAGAAAUUUUAGCACAUAUUUCUACUAUGUACUGAUUUCCUGCUAUUUCUGUAAGGCUCCAUUUCAUGAUCCUUCUUCAGACAGCCCAUUCUUGGGUUUUCCACUUUUUCUCUAUAUUCCUAUCUGCUACACCCCUAAAUCCACGUUUAUAUCAGCCUUAGGUAGGUGUUGACAGGUAUUUUAAAGAUAUUAUAGACAGCUUUCACAGUGCUGAGAUCUGAUUAUAACUGUUACAUAGAAAACAGACUCUCUUAAAACAGCAAGAACAUGUUUAAAAAAUAAGAGAAAAAAAAUACUUGGGCUUCUAGGAGAGAGAAGAGGAAAGACUUAGGCCUUUAAUACUAUUAAUACCAAAGCAAGAUCGGGUUGCUUAGGUCCUGACACAUUACUAAGAGUUGGUAGCCAUGCAUAAGAUGACAAUGGUGAUUAUGUGUGGCUCUGGAAGAAACAAUGACUUCAGAAGACUUGGCAGAGAUCAUUUAGUCUGAACCAUUGGUUUCACUUUUUCUAUCCAAAAAGCAUUUUGAUUGUCCAAUGCAAAAAGCAUUUGGAUUGCCUUUCACAAAGCUGUCUCCCAGUAGAAUGGUUUCAAAGCAUGGACAGGCACUAACCAAGUCUAUAAACACUCCCUUUCUUUCCAUCACUUACUCCGUUUCUCCUCCCUACAGCAGAGUACCUGAAGAAAGGUAGCACCAAAGUGUUCUAAAUACCAAAUGUACCUUGCAAUGCUAGAAUCCUUAGGUUUUUAGAUGCACAGCUGGAACCAUUCAUGCCCAGAUUAAGCCCAUGCAACUUGGCAGAUGUCUGAGACCCACAGAGUGGGAGUUUGUCACAGAGUCAUAGAAUCAUUUAGGUUGGAAGAGACCUCUAAGAUCAUCAAGUCCAACCAUAAACCUGACACUGCCAAGUCUGCCACUAAACCAUGUCCCUAAAUGCCACAUCUACAUAUCUUUAAGUGCCUCCAGGGAUGGUGACUCCAUCACUUACCUGGGGAGUCUGUUCCAGUGCUUGACAACCCUUUCGGACCCUGUAGUUCCCUUUGACAGUCAAUGUAGUGAGAAGGAUUUCUGAAGGGGGCAUUUCGGUUCACUUAAGCCCCACAUCGCCCUUUGCUCUGUGACUAUCAGAAAAGGUUACAGUGCUGACGGUCCCCAUGCAAGUGCCUCAGGUGUGUACCUGCCCAAAGUAACACAGGAUAAAUCUGGGCCAGUGAGCAUCAGUUUUAGAGUUACCACCUACUCAUUUAAGAUUGCAGGUGUCAAAAUCCCCUGGAAACUAAGCAGUAAGUGCUACAAGGCUUUAUACUCAGUAUUAGCUGACAAACUUGAGAACAACAAUCUCCAUGAUGGAAAAUGUGUGGGCGGAUCAGCCAUGGGAGGGGAGUGAUUUGUGGACUCCAGAGACUUUGCUACACAUUGUGACAGAUAGCUUGUGCUAACAGCCAGGAAAGCACUCAUUUUCAGCACAAAGUUGUGGGCUUCAUUAUGGUGGUUAGAAUAUUACCCCUGUCAUUGCUGUCCAGGCUGUGCGAGGUUUUGCACUGUAUUAUGCAGAGAGCACGGGCGCCGUUUUCAAUGUGUCAGCCAGCAGAUUUCCAAAAAUGCAGGUAAGAAAGCUGUGAGAAUGAAGGGGUAAAAAUCCUCACCAAUAUCUUUUCAUGUGUUUUUCAUUCUUAAGACUCAAACUUCAUUCCUUUUCUGUCAUGACCAAGGCAAUUCUACAUUCUCCAGGGGAAAACUGGAAUGUCGUGACCUUUAGGGUGAACCAGGCAUGAAGCAAGACUUGUUAUUUUCUCGCAAGGUUUGUGGCACUGAAGGGUUUUGAAUGUUCAACUCACCACCCUGUCAGUAUAUUACCUGGCUGGCUGUCCUUCUGCUUCAACUGAUACCAAACUCUUUUGUUUCUCUUCCCAGCUUGGGGAAAUAUUUCAGGAAAGAAAACAGAAAAGUGUGUCUUCUUUCCUUCUGCUGCCCCAUCUCCCAAGCACCUCCGUCCUCCACGAUCAGACUGAGGCAACUUGCAUUUAACACAAAACACUUAAUUUACACAUAUGCUUCAGUCCACGUGUAAGUUUUCUAGGUGACAACUCUAUCAGGGAAAAUGCUGUUUGGAUUGGGUGUGCAAAGUAAAUGGCUUGUAAAUACUUGAAAAAAAAAAAAAAAAGGUUAAUUUUCAGUUGUGCAAUAAACUUGUGAAAUAAUCCUCUCA